AUGGGGCAGUCCCACCUGCCAGGUGAGGGCCUCCAGGACUGGCUCGUGGGAGUGCUCCCCAUGGGCUCCCCCCGUGGCAUGCACUCUGCCACCAACUGCUUCACAGCCUUCGGGCUGGGAGGCCUCACCGACAGCGUGCCAGCAGCAGCAGCAGCAGCAGCAGCAGCGUACCUGUUUCCUCAUCAUCGCCGUCCAGCAGUAGCAGCAAGCAGCAGCAACGACGACAGCAGCAGCAGCAGCAACGACAGCAGCAGCAGCGGCGAGAGCGAGGGGCAGGCGGCGUGGGGCAAGGGCAAGGGCAAGGGCGGCGGUCGCUCGCCGCCACCGGCCGAGCGCCGGCGCGGCGCGGGCACGGCUGGUGGCAGGGAGGAGCCGCCUCUCAACGGCCGCCCCGGCUCUGACCGCCGCGACAGCCCACGCAGCGUGCGCACGGGCGUGGCCCCCGACAUGAGAAGCCUGGAAGUGAUAAUGGGGAACACGCUGGGAGUGAUCAUUGCGUCCCUGAUCCUGAAGAUCAUUGACAUCUGCUACCUGAACGCGGCGUUGUGGGUGGCACAGGCCAAGACUGCUAAGCUGGAGGAGGAGGAGAAGCGGCUGCAGAUGAUCACCGCUCGCAAAACCAUACAGCUGGCGGAGGCGCAGGAGACCAUCAGGAAGCUGAAAGAGCAGCUGCCCGCAGAUGCGGCCAGCGACGGCGACGAGUGA